GAGUCAUGGCGGACUACUUGUUGAGGAUAAAAAGCCUCGUCGCAGAGAAGAAGACGAAGAAGAAGCUGACUCAGAGCGACUUGGUCCAAUGUGGACUAAAAGGGAUCCAGCUCAGACCGUACCAGCUGGACGGGGUCCAGUGGUUGACCCAGUGUCUGGGGAACCAGCAGGGGUGCAUUCUGGGAGAUGAGAUGGGUUUGGGGAAAACCUGCCAGACCAUCUCUCUGCUGGUGUUCAUGUCGGGCUCUCUGGGGGUCAGAGGUCGGUUCUUGCUUCUGAGCCCGCUGUCCGUCAUGGAGAACUGGAGGGCGGAGCUUGAGCGCUUCGCUCCGCGCCUCACCGUGCUGCGUUACCAUGGAGACAGAGAGAGGCGGGCCGAGCUCCAGAGCGAGGCCUUUGAUGUUCUGCUCACGUCGUACGAGCUGUGUCUCAACGACGCUUCCUUCCUGAAACGGUGGAAGUGGGAGGUGCUCGUCGUGGACGAAGCUCACCGGCUGAAGAACCAGAAUUCAGUGUUGCACAAGACCUUGACUCAGUUCUCAGUCGGGUUCAGAGUCCUGCUGACGGGGACCCCGAUCCAGAACAACCUGCAGGAGCUCUACUCGCUGCUGAGCUUCAUCCAGCCCAACGUCUUCACGGCCGAGGAGGCCGACGGCUUCACCGGCUCGUACCGCGAGGUCCAGAGUCGACCCGCUCUCGCUGCUGAGCUGCAGAGGGUCCUGGACCCCUUCCUGCUCCGCCGGGUGAAGUCCGAAGUGGCCGUGGACCUGCCCAAGAAGACGGAGCUGCUGAUGUACCACGGCAUGUCGGCCCUGCAGAAGAAGUUCUACAAAGCCUUUCUGAUGAAGGACCUGGAGGCUUUCCAGGGCAACAAGAACCGGCUGCUGAACAUCCUGAUGAACCUGAGGAAGUGUGUGGACCACCCCUACCUGUUUGACGGGGUGGAGCCGGAGCCGUUUGAGAUGGGGGAGCACCUGGUGGCCGCCAGUGGGAAGCUGUGCCUCCUGGACAGCAUGCUGGCCUACCUCCACAAAGGAGGCCAUCGCGUCCUGCUGUUCUCUCAGAUGACGAGGAUGCUGGACAUUCUUCAGGAUUACAUGACGUUCAGAGGUUACAGCUACGAGCGUCUGGACGGGUCGGUCCGAGGGGAGGAAAGAAAUCUAGCAGUGAAGAACUUCAGCAGCAAAGAUAUCUUCAUCUUUCUCCUGAGCACGAAAGCAGGGGGCGUCGGCCUGAACCUCACCGCCGCUGACACCGUCAUCUUCAUGGACAGCGACUUCAACCCUCAGAACGACCUGCAGGCGGCUGCACGCUGCCACCGGAUUGGUCAGAACCGGCCCGUGAAGGUGAUCCGCCUCCUGGCCCGCGACACCGUGGAGGAGAUCAUGUUCUCCCGAGCCGCCUCCAAGCUGCAGCUCACCAACGCCGUGAUCGAGGAAGGACGCUUCUCUCUGCUGGAGCGAGCGCAGACGGCCGCCGCGGGACUCAAGCUCAGCGAGAUCCUGAAGUUCGGGGUGGACAAGCUUCUGUCGUCGGAGGAGAGCUCCGUGACGGAGGUGAAGCUGGAGAAGAUCCUCGGUGCCUCGCAGGGCGGCCGCUGGGUGGAGGAGGCGCAGGAGGAGCAGGAGGAGGAGCAGGAGGAGGAGAGCGUCUCUGAAUCUGACAGGCAGAACCACAUGUACUUCUUUGAGGGCAGAGACUACAGCCGAGACCCGAGCGCCGGAGACCAGAAGAGCUUCAGCCGUCUGCUGGAGGAGCAGCUGGAGGAGCUCCAGGGAGGAGCACGAGCUCUGAGGAACAAGGCCGGAGUCUCUUUGUCGGUCUCCCUCGAGAUACCAACGAGGAAGAGGAAACAUCUCACGGAGGCCGAGCUGGAGCUCAGACGCCAGAGACGAGAGGAAGCUGCAGCCAAGAGGGCGAAACUCCAGGAGGACACGAGGAGGACGCUACAAGAGCAGAAACACGAGAAGAAGAUGGCGUGGUGGGAGUCGUGUGGCUACAGGUCACGUUGUCUGCUGCCGGUGGACAGUGAGGAAGAGGAGGAGGAGGAGGAGGAGGAUGACGAGGAGGAUGACGGCAGCGUGUGCUCCUCCGACUCUGACGGCGGCGCCAUCCGCUACGUCCUGGGAGACGUGACUCACCCUCACGCCGCCACGGGGGACGCCAUCAUCGUCCACUGUGUCGACGACUCUGGCCGCUGGGGAAGAGGAGGCCUCUUCACGGCCCUGGAGACGAGGUCGGACCAACCGCGGGACCAGUACGAGCUGGCCGGCAAGAUGAAAGAUCUGGAGGUUGGAAGUGUUCUUCUUCUCUCCAUCGAUGAUAAGCAGUCCCGACUGGACGGCCGUGAUCAGCUGGCUUUGAUCGUCGCUCAGCGGAGAGACGAACACAACAAGCUGUCUGGGAUCCUCCUGACGGCUCUGGACGACGGCCUGAAGAAGAUCCACGCUGCGGCCAAGAGACACAAAGCGAGCGUCCAUCUUCCUCGUCUCGGCCACGCCACUCCAGGCUUCAACUGGUACGGCACGGAGCGUCUGAUCAGGAAGCACCUGGCGUCCAGAGGGGUCGACACCUUCAUUUAUUACCACAACAGAGCGGCGAAGAACUCGGCUCCUCCUCCUCCGACAGCGACGACCUCCUUGGCUCCUCCCCCUCAGACGUCGUCCUCCUCGGAUGGGCCGACUGACGACGAGGCCCCGGGGCCCUCGGCUCCUCCCCCCACCUGUUCCUCAGGGGCUCCUCCCCCCACGUCCUCCUCAGAGGCUCCUCCCCCCUCGCUGCUCCCCUCCUUCAUGGGAGGAGUCCGUGUGUUUUUCUUCAACCUGGCGGCGUCGGACAGGAAGCGGCUCGGCCGAUACCUCCUCACGUAUGACGGAGACGAGGACGACGUCAUGAGUCCGGAGGUCACGCACGUGGUGGCGGAGGUGGAGAGCAGCGUCCAAUCACAGGACCUGCAGGCCCUGCUGGCUCGGUUCCCCCAGGCCGUCCCGGUCCAGACCGCCUGGCUAGAGUCCUGCUUCUCUCGCCAGAGGCAGGUCAGCCCCGCCCCCUUCCUGUUGCCAUGACGACAACGAGGAGCUGAAUCUUUAUCUCCGAAGGGUUUCUUGUUCCUAUAAUCUCGUUUUUUAAAAUCUUUGUUUCUAUUGCUCGUCUUUUUGUUUUUAAAGUUUAUUUUAAUUAGUUUGAGCCGUUUUGACUUUAAUGUUUCGGACGUGGCGACGUCAUCGGGGUUUAUUCACUUUAAUCUGCCAGAAUACGAGGAAAUAAACAUGAGUUACGUUG